AUGUCCGACGGACAACUUAUUUAUUGGGACAUAGUGGGACACGGACCGCUGGAUAAUGUCCCAGAAUGUCCCAGUCCGAUCGUUCAAGUCGGACGUUAUCCGACCACAUCACUUCUGCAAGCCUGUUCAUUCUUUCUUUACUAUUCUGUUCGAUUAUUUCAGGCCGUACCAACUAAUAUUAGUUAA